AUGCCCCGCAGCAGCCUGCGCGCCGCGGCCGUCCUCCUGCUCCUGAGCCUAAAGGAGCAGCUCUCCCGCGCAGCCCCGCUCCACGGGUUCGAAUGGACCUAUCUUGGUCCUGCUGGGGAGAAGAGCUGGCCCAAGAACUACCCGUCCUGUGGGGGCCUGAUGCAGUCCCCAAUCGACCUGCACAGUGACAUCCUCCAGUACGAUGCCAGCCUGGGGCCCCUCGAGUUCCAGGGCUAUAACGUGUCUGCCAACGAGCAAUUAACCCUGACCAACAAUGGCCACUCAGUGCAGCUGACGCUGCCCCCGGGCAUGCACAUCCAGGGGCUGCCAUCCCGCUACAGCGCCACGCAGCUGCACCUGCACUGGGGGGACCAGAACGACCCCCACGGCUCCGAGCACACUGUUGGCGGGAAGCACUUCGCUGCCGAGCUGCACAUUGUACAUUACAACUCGGACCUGUAUCCCAACGCCAGCACCGCCAGCAACAAGUCAGAAGGCCUCGCCGUCCUCGCUGUUCUCAUAGAGAUGGGCUCCUUCAAUCCCUCCUAUGACAAGAUCUUCAGUCACCUUCAGCACGUCAAGUACAAAGGCCAGGAAGUGCACAUUCCCGGCUUCAGCAUUGAGGAGCUGCUUCCCGAGAGGCCGGCCGAGUACUACCGCUACCGAGGCUCCCUGACCACGCCGCCCUGCAGCCCCACCGUGCUCUGGACGGUGUUCCGGAACCCCGUGCACAUUUCCCAGGAGCAGCUGCUGGAUCUGGAGACAGCUCUGUACUGCACACACGAGAAUGACCCAGCGCCCAGGGAAAUGGUCAACAACUUCCGGCGGGUGCAGAAGUUUGAUGAGAGGCUGGUGUACAUCUCCUUCCAACAAGGAAUCAUUCUUUCGGUGGCUCUGGCUAGCAUCCUCGGCAUCUGCAUCGUCCUGGCGGUGUCCAUCUGGCUUUUCAGAAGGAAGAAGAGCAGUAAGAAAGGCGGCGGCAAUAAAGGCGUCAUUUACAAGCCGGCCCUCAGGAAGGAGGCGGAGGCCCACGCCUGA